AUGUGGACACUCAAUCCUCUAAUAAAGCUCCGUGAACUACAAUCUUUCGUAAAUGCGAUUGAAAAAAAAAAGUUCUUUGAAAAUUUAAUGGCACGUACCAUAAUGGCGCUUCCACUCACUGUUCAAUUUACAUGUACUUCAAUCGCAUUUACGAAGAAUUGCACAGUACAGAGGAACUUCGUGAGAGAGUUGACUGCAUCCUGACUGGUGAAGAGUCGAGCCUACACAAGAAAGAUUUAUACUGUGUAUUAUAUGUACAGGUUGAGAUGCAGCCAGUACGAGAGAUCAGCCUCAACAUGUACCUCUACUUCGUCUUCUUCAUUAUCUUCGGUUCCUUCUUCACCCUUAAUCUCUUCAUUGGUGUCAUCAUCGAUAACUUCAAUGAGCAGAAAAAGAAGGCAGGAGGGUCGCUGGAGAUGUUCAUGACAGACGAUCAAAAGAAAUACUACAACGCCAUGAAGAAAAUGGGAGGCAAGAAGCCGCUCAAGGCCAUCCCUCGCCCUCAGUUCCGCCCACAAGCCGUGGUGUUCGAGAUAGUGACUAACAAGAAGUUCGACAUGAUCAUCAUGAUAUUCAUCGGUUUGAACAUGCUCACCAUGACAAUGGAUCACUACAAUAUGACAGAAGAGUGGAAAACAGCAUUGAACAACAUGAAUCUCAUCUUUAUCUGCAUCUUCACUUCCGAGUGCGUUCUGAAGGUGUUCGCUCUCAGAUGGCACUACUUCAAGGAGCCCUGGAAUCUCUUCGAUUUUGUGGUGGUCAUCAUGUCUAUUCUAGGUCUGGUGCUGAAGGACAUCAUUGAGAAGUAUUUCGUGUCGCCGACGCUGCUUCGUGUCGUUCGAGUAGCGAAGGUGGGACGUGUCCUGCGUCUUGUCAAAGGCGCCAAAGGAAUCAGAACGCUGCUCUUCGCCUUGGCCAUGUCCCUCCCCGCUCUCUUCAAUAUCUGCCUCUUGCUUUUCCUUGUUAUGUUUAUCUUUGCUAUCUUCGGUAUGUCUUUCUUUAUGAAUGUCAAACACACUGGAGGUCUGGAUUCUGUAUACAACUUCGAGACCUUCUUCCAGUCUUUCAUCUUGCUGUUCCAAAUGAUGACGUCUGCAGGGUGGGAUAGUGUGCUCUCCGGUAUUGUUAACGAAAAAGAGUGCAAGCCUCCCAAUGCUGAGAUCGGCGAUCCUGGCAACUGUGGCAACCAGGCCAUUGGCAUCGCUUAUCUGUUGGGUUACCUAGUCAUCAGCUUCCUCAUCGUUAUUAACAUGUACAUCGCUGUCAUCCUCGAAAACUACUCCCAGGCGACAGAAGACGUCGAAGAGGGUCUAACUGAUGACGACUACGACAUGUACUAUGAAAUCUGGCAACAGUUCGAUCCUAAAGGAACGCAGUUCAUUGAAUUUCACAUGCUGUCUGACUUUCUGGAUAUCCUAGAGGCGCCUCUUCAGAUUCACAAGCCAAAUAAGUACAAAAUUGUGUCAAUGGACAUUCCAAUCUGCAAGGGAGACCUUGUGUUCUGCGUGGACGUCCUGGACGCGCUCACCAAGGACUUCUUCGCCCGUAAGGGCAACCCAGUGGAGGACUCAGCAGACAUUGGCGAAGUGGCUCCUGCUUCGGACCGUCCAGGGUACGAGCCAGUGUCCUCCACGCUCUGGCGCCAGAGAGAAGAGUACUGCGCGCGGUUGAUCCAACAAGCGUGGCGCAAACACCGCCAGCACAAAGAUCAGUCCUCUCUCUCCGGUGCCGAGUCCCAAGAAGAACUAAAGCAAGCAGAUACCGCCGUCUUGGUGGAGAGCGAUGGUUACGUCACAAAAAACGGCCAUAAGGUGGUGAUUCACUCGCGAUCACCAUCAGUGACAUCACGGUCCACUGACGUGUGACUAAGGAAAGGCGAGUAAAUGAAGUUGUUGCUGCUUUUUAACUACACAUGGGCCGGUUGUUAAUUAACACAUGGCUCUGUUAACUCCCGCAUGGCUCUGGUAUCAAGUACCACAGGAGCCGGCCGUUAACAAGCAAAUCACGGCGUUGGUGUAGGCCUGCUGUAGCCACCACCGGCGUCGGUUGGGCCACUCUUGCUCGGGAACACCGCACUCUUAAUGCCUUGUUGUUUAAGUUUACAGUCCAACUGUCCUCAGCUUCCCGACCCACGAGUGCCGCGCCCUCUGUGCAGAGAUUAUUGGCCUAAGUGAUUCACCAUAUGUUUAUUUUUGUAUUUCUUUUUCUAAAUGGUUACUGGGCCAUUGCUUACCCGUCUUGGUAUUGACGCUCGGCUCAAGUGAGGCUGGGAGCGCCUGGUCCUCAAGAUGAUCACUUGUUAGUUGGCGUGGAGGUGACGUGGAGCCUGAUGACACUGAUGCUCCCACCCGCCCAUGGCCGCCUACACCCGCCCAUGGCCGCCCACACCCGCCCAUGGCCGCCCACACACGCCCACGCUCACAGUAUUGUUGACACCCGGUGUAUGAAGCACCGACGACACCUCUUUCCUUCCCAGAGGACGGCCUGGGCAAGCCUGCCAGCCACGCCACAGACAAUGGCUACCGCAGGCGUCGCAGCAGCUGCAGCAGCAGUAGUGGCACCGUCAGGAGCAGAAGUAAGAGGGCCAGGCACAGGCAGCGGCCAUGGCAGCUCAGGUGUGUGCACAGUGUCUCAGGUGAUAUGGAGAGGAACCCUAAUGACGCGCGUAUCCCACCAACAAUACGAGUUCUCAACAAGUAUUAAGGAAACUUCAAACUGCAUAAUUAUUACCCCUCACAUAAACUGUGUGUGAUACACAAAUGCCUUUACCUAAGUGCAAGCUGUGCAUAAUGCAAGUAGCGAGGUGCACAAUAAGGUAGAACUUGUAUUGUAAGCCAUCGUGUUUGCGGACAGAGCGCCACCCGGACCUUGUGUUGCUCCACAGGCAACCCUUCCCCAAGCUACAUUCAUAUAGCUUUCUCCCUCCCUGACCUCUCGCCCCUCCUUAACCCCCCUCCCUCAUAAUUAACCUUCUGUCACUUCCCUAUCUUUUGUUGCCCCCAACCUCAUCUGUCACCUAUUGCUUAUCCCUCCCUGGACUGUCAUUCGUCCCUUCUCUCUACUACCACUUCCUUGCCUCUACUUGACCUGUUGCACUUCUAUUCCUACAACCCCCCACGUUAUCGCCUGUCACCUGUUCCUCACCCCUACCUGAUCUGUCACUCAUCCCUUCACCUGCUGCUCCUGCUGAUGAUCCAUCUACUCUGCAUUUAUUGAUCUAUACUGUCAUUUCCCAGCUUUAGAUCAUAUCAUCCUUCUUACACCAGCUACACCCUUUUUCGUAUUUUAUUGUUAUCGAAAAUAAGCGUUAACCCCAUCUGGGUCAUACAGUGCAGAUCCUCUGUCGUAGCUUCUUUCUUCAUCAUCUCGCACAUUUUUCUGCUUCUAUAUAUUUGUCGUCCUAUCCCAACACCUCGUCACCUUCCUCCGGCUGGGCCGUGGGGCGACCUCUUCCCUUUCAAUGGCGCAGAAUUACCCACUCUUAUCCUAUUAAAUUCAGUUGCUAUAUUAGUUUAUGAGCUAUAAUAUUCGUGACUAAGUGCAACUACAGUGAGCUAAGGAGAACCUAAGCCAGAGCCAAUCAUGUGUCUCGACCUUGAGUAUGGAGCCACCAACCCCCGCAGCCUUGUGUACCGCAUCACUCAUGUAGGAUGCUUCAGUGUGCUUGACACGCUGGCUGCUACUAUAGUAUACAUAUUACCUGCCCACUCUUAAAGUUCUUGUCUUGUUAACCAGCCUUCUUGCACGUCAGCACUAUCAUUCUUCCCUUGAGUUGUCCUCCCUGCACACUAUGAUUGUUGUUUUUAUUAUUAUUGUCAUUAUUAUUAUAUAUUCAUUAGACCCGUAUGGGCAGUUCAGCGCAGCCCCUUUCUCUCUGGCAUUCCCUGACUACUCCCUUCACUGACUGUAUUUACGUCAGUGAACCAAUAGGGACACUGCUCUUCACCCAGCCCAUUAUUUAUUACUAAUCACACUCGCACAUACUAUUGCUGCGUCAGGUACGCCGUUGUUAAUCUAGUUGAUCAUUUUCCAUUCAUUCCCAAGACACGUUGGCCCGUCCUUCCCCAAGCGAGUGUGACGUCACUCAGCCCACUAAAGCCUAGUGUCUCCUGGAAUAUGGCCUUAUUAACUACCAUAAUUCAUUUAGCUGUGUCUUUUCAUAAUGAUCAACUUCAUCAAAUAGCUAUGUAAGAAAAUUAUUUCUACAUCAAAUAGCUAUGUAAGAUUUUUCAUUUCUACCAUUUAAGAUUUAUGCAUAUAGUGUUUAAUUCUCCCUAUUAUUUUAGCCUUGCUUAACAUUAGCAGCUCCAAGGAAGAGAAGAGUGGGUGGUGGUGAGGAUGACGCUAGGGGCGUCUGUCUCCUUAUUCCCCAAGUGGAGAGGACCCCUAAUUACGCUGUCGCCUUGUGUGCAACCUACUCUUCCCAUCCCUCAAAUAUAUCACUAAAUAUAUUUUAAAUCCAUAGUGUAAACUUUGUUGUUUUCAGCUCAGGCAAAGAUUCCAUGUUUUAUUCCUCUUGUAGACUUACUUUACACCAUUUUUCACUUCUCAACACCACUACAUGUCUUAUGUGUGGAAUUUAACUACUGUGAUUGUUAGUUAUAUCUUUUACCCUCCCUGGAGUCUCUCUUCCUUGUAACUACUACAUUUCUCCCUCCAGCUACCAUUCCUGUACCCAGAAGUACUGUCCUAGUCCUAUCAGGAGCCCUACCUGAAGUCCUCUUCUAAUCGUACCUGCAAUCCUUUCCCGGUCCUAUCCUAGUCUUAUUUGAGGUCCUGUUCAAGUCUUACCCAAGCCCCGCCUGAAAUCCUAUCCUAAUCCCCAUACCUGAAGCCUUGUUGUAGUCCUCGUAUUGAGUUUUAUCCUAGUUCCCAAUCCUGAAAUACCCCUACCAUCCAUUUCCUUUUAACUUUCCCAUAUCUUUCCCUUCGACUUUGGCCCAGCCCCAUCCCCUUCCAUGGCUUAUUCCACCCAUUGACCUUAGCUGACCUCUUUCUCCUCUUCCCCAGCGCCCCUUGUGUUUGGGGUGCAAGGCACAGCUCAGCUCAAAAAAAAAAAAAAACAUUGGUCCUUCUGAUCGGAGCCAGUGACUCUCCGGGCCGAAGUUAUAUCGUCGCCGCGUGUUUGCCCCUUGAGACUGGGUUGUCUGAGUCUUGAUGGCCUUAACUAUCUAGUGUAAUCGGUAUGGAUCGUUUCUUGCACAAUAUUCUAUGUCAACACGCCAUUAUUUAUGAAAUAAUUACUUAUGAGUACAUGAGAUCAAUCAAUAUUGUACGAUUAUUCUGUGCAUAAUGAAUAAUAAAAACUAUUUUAUAUGUAUGGUCAUAAAAUGAAAACUAAAAUAUAAGAAAUGCCAUUUGCAUGAGAAAAUGCUGAACACGAACAGGAGGUGAGGAUAAAGUGAAGGAUGCGGUGGCGUCAGUGCGGCGGAGGAACUAGCAGCUAGGAGUGCGGGUGGGCAUGGGUCCCAUGCGUCCUCUUCCCCCACUGGUGACAUCACGUUACCCCUGCCUUCCCGCCCGCUGUGCCCCGCCCACCGCCGCUGCCGACGGCCCGCCUCCUUCACCAGAGCACAAAGCAGUAGCUCAGCACCAGCUGGUUGUCGACCAUGUGGUGGGUGUCAGGCUCCCUGUCGCUCAAUGCCUACCUCUCUUGUGUUGGAAAUCUUUAUUAUUCUGUAUCUAGAUAUCUCGCAGAGUUUAUUUCAUUGGUCCAAAACUCUGUUAACACUUCAUAACCAUGUAGCAUAGGAAUAUUGUUGAAAAUUUUGCUAUGGAACUUUUAUCUGAGUGAUCGGAAAUUAUGAUGGAAUUCUCUCCUCCCAUAGUAAUACUCCAGGCUUGACUCUGCUGGCACGAGGGGGCACGGUGCCACCUGGGCAGCCAAUCAUGAGCGACUCUAUUUCCCUCCAGGGCGACGCGCCGCCCCUUGUUCGUAGCUCAGUGACGGUAGGGCAACAGAGGAUGCCCCAGCGGGCUCCACAACUUGUGCUCACCGCUACACCGCUCCACCCACCUCGGCACCCUGCCCUCUCCUCCAUACAACAACGGCUUGUAACUGCAGACACUAACUUUUAAGAGACAGUGCUGUGAAACUUCAGAUUUGUACACGUCUUAGUUUUUAAGGUGGAGUGCUGCACCGGAUGCGACCAGUCCCGCACCUCUACACUACCUUGCUAGGCUGCUGCCGGUGGAACACUCACUACCACUCGGUUUGUCCUUCACUUAGUUUGGAUUAUCCUCAUGUGAUACCAAUUCUGUAAUAUUCAAAUUGUUAUAUUCUUGAUAAGCAAAUUUGUUUUGUAUUCUGAUGGCUGCGAUGAGAUGUGUUGGUUUAAUGCUAUUCCAUUUUGUAAGUUUAAACCCACGGAAAGCAAGGGAGAGAGCUCCAGUGAUGAGGGCUCUUACCUCAACUACACCAGUCUUCCCCGGGUGUCCUUGGGGUGCCUCCCUCAUCCCUCUUACCUCAAUCUGACCUCAGCACAAGUUGAUUCCCUUCCAACCUCAACCUUACCCCUCAGAAGUAGUCAUUGCGAACUUCAUCUCUCUCGUUUCCCUUUCUUUCCGUAACUACCAACAGACAACGACCAGGCGAUAUGUUGCAGCUUAUUCGUGUGGUUUGCGGAGAUGAUCGACUUUACAUCACUAUCUUGAACAAACAACAGUCCUCCCUCUUCCCCCCGCCCUUUCCUUAAGCCACCAGCAUCACUUGCUCAUUCAUAGUAACCGCAGCGCUAAAUGGAGGCUUCCCUAGAGACGGUCCCUAGGUAGGUUUGAAAGUAAUGCCCCUUGGGUCGUGUGUCUGUGAGAGCUUGAGUAUGUAUGAGAGUAACAUCCCAUUCCUUGCGUAUGUAUGUGGGAGUAACGUUUUUCAGCUAUUUUAUCAGAGGCACAUCAAGUCAUGACUGUGGGAUAAUAGAAUUAUGUGGAAAAUAUAAUCAAACUAGAAAGAGUGGAGCAUUGUAACACUGGAUUUAAGUUUGCACCUAGGUUAGAGAAAUAUGUGCCCAAAAUUAUGUAGGUGAAAACCCGGUGUGUAAAUGGGUGGUAGGGUAUAGAAAAUAGGUAUUGGUUAUAUAUCUAUGAGAGUAGUAAUUUAUGAUAGGAGGUGCAGUGAAUGAGAUUUGUGUUGGGUAAAUGAGCCGUAUGAGUGCAGGUGGUUGACUGAGUACUGAUGGAUGAAUGGGACGCAUGAGUACAGGUGGGUGGAUGAGGGAUAAGUAAAUAAAGAAGUGAAUCAAAGAAAAAAUAUAAUGUAGGUUCAAGAAGGCAAAAACUGUAUUUUUCAUAGGUGGGAAAUUUAACCAAUAGCUGUGACAGUUAGGAAGCGCUUCUUAGAGACGUAGACACGCACAAGAAAAGACUUAAGCAUUUUAAGAUUGUGAUAAUUAAACUUAAUGAGAAAGUUCAAAGAUUAGGAUUAUUUGUGUGUGAAUGCUGGCAAGAUGAUACGGUAGGGUUGGUACAUCUGACCCAGAGGGGCUACGAGCGUAGAUAAUUUUCAUGAUAAGUUGAGCGUUUAAGCAUAGCUGUCUUCAGAAAGUAGUUUUAGAUUUGCCUAAAAUAUUAACUCAGUAUUAGCAUAACAAAAAAGGAUGAGACGUAUAAUUCAAAGAAAUGUGUUAUAGCAGUUCAAGUCACUAAUUAAGUAGCCCGUGCAUCGUCACCUGCAAAAUCCAGGAAAAGUGUAUUAGUAAAUCUGAACUGAGCUAUAUAGAGCUAAGACGAAAAGGCAUCUAGUGGACCCACUUACAGAGAAAGUGACGAGAUCGAGUGGAGUGAAAGACAGUGUAUCGAGUAGGUACAGAGGAUGUAGAUAACGUUGGACCUGAGCCACAACUCCCCUUCCCCUCUCUCAUGAAGUCUCCCCCUUUCCUCUCCCAUUCCCAUCCCUCUUAUCCUCCCGGGCAGGACUGGCAGGGAAGAAGGCGAGGGGGGGAGAGCUUAUUCGGCAGUUCCCGAUUGCUUCUGAUCGUUAUUUUGCGCGAUGACCGUCUUGAUUCUGUUGGUAAAUUAUGUAAAUUGAAAUGUCCAUGUCAAGCUAAAACCAGAGGCAUUGACUGGCUUGAGCGGCAGUGCGAUAGUCGUCAAGUCUCUGCUUCAAGAACGCUGUGGAUUGAGCAAAUGGAAAUUGAAAUCCUCAAAAUAAUA